AAUAAGAUUAGAGAAAUACUAUUUGAAGGCGGGCUUUCUACUGUUUUUAUCCGGGUCGCGGCUGUCACCGAUAAAAAUGGCUUCUCUUGACAGGGUGAAAGUGUUAGUUUUAGGCGAUUCAGGGGUGGGUAAGUCUUCCUUGGUCCACUUGCUAUGUCAGAAUCAGGUGUUAGGAAAUCCAUCAUGGACUGUUGGUUGCUCUGUGGAUGUACGGGUCCAAGACUAUAAGGAGGGUACCCCGGAGGAGAAAACCUACUACAUUGAACUAUGGGAUGUCGGAGGAUCUGUUGGCAGUGCUAGCAGUAUCAAAAGCACGAGAGCCGUCUUCUACAAUUCAGUUAACGGAAUUAUGUUGGUACACGAUUUAACUAAUAAGAAAUCUUCUCAGAAUCUCUACCGCUGGUCACUAGAAGCUUUAAACAAGGAUUCUUCUCCGACGGGAGUUAUUGUCUCAAACGGUGACUAUGAUAGAGAACAGUUUGCUGAGAACCCAGUGCCUUUGUUGCUGAUUGGCACAAAGUUUGACCAGAUCCCAGAGAACAAACGCAAUGAAGUUCUCACUCGGACUGCCUUCCUGUCUGAAGACUUCAAUGCAGAAGAGAUCAAUCUCGACUGCACCAACCCACGGUAUCUCGCUGCAGGCACUUCAAAUGCAGUGAAGCUUAGCAGGUUCUUUGACAAGGUAAUAGAGAAAAGAUAUUUCACAAGAGAUCCAAGUCAGAUGACGGGUUUCACAGACAGAAAACGGUUCAACUUCAAAAGUUUGCACUAUGACUAACAGCGGUGGUCUGUGGUUUGACCAUCACGCCUUUGGGCUUUUACACCAUCACACACAUACUUUCUAUACUUACACCACCCGCC